AUGGCUCAACCAAGUAAUGAAUUAUUUCAAUAUUCAAUCGUGAGCUCUCUCAUGGACGGCGUGGCCUCAUCAGGCAUGCCAGUUGUUGAUCUACUCAAGCAUGGCGACAUGGGCCUGGGCACGUUCAAACACAUGGUCGGCGAAAUGAUCAUGCUGGAUGGAGCCAUGUUCCAGAUGAAGUCUGACGGGACGGUUGUUUCCAUCUCACCCAGCGUCGAGGCAACCACCAACGACGAUGGGACGCAACCCAUGAUUUCGCCCUUUGCAACCGUCACCCGCUUCGAGCCGACGGCCCACGACCCAUCAGCCAGCUUCUCCAGCAAAGAGUCCCUGGCGAAGAAGCUGUCGGAGAUGCUGCCCGGCACCCGCAACAUCUUCAUGGCCUUCCGCGCCGAUGGCGUCUUCAACCUCACCGUGCGCACCGCCGGCGGCCAGCAAUGCUCCCGGGAACCGCUCGUGACCGUGGCAAGCAGACAGACCACGCACACCUUUGAGAAUGAAAGGGGCACGAUUGUUGGAUUUCGCUCGCCUAGCUUCUCCCACGGCAUCAGUGUCGCCGGUGACCACAUCCACUUUAUCAGCGACGAUCGCAAGCGUGGCGGCCACGUCCUCGCCUUGAACACCGAGGAAGGCUCUGUCAGACUUGGGGUUGCUCCGAUCUCCAAAGUACAUCUGCAGCUCCCAGUCGAUGACCAAGAGUACAACGACGCAGAGUUGAAACUUGACAGUGAGGGUAUUAAUUCUGUAGAGGGCUAG